UCCGUUCAUAGUAGCAACAAAAGACAAUUUACCAAGAAAUAAACCAAAAUGGAAAAUCUGUUGGCUCAAAAUGAACAAAUUUAAUUUGAGACAUUUCCUAUACUUGAUUGACUGUCAAGAAGGAUAAUAUGAGGGAAUUACAUUCUAAAUAAAUGCUUAUUUCAUGAGGGAAAAUAUUUGAUGGCUAAUUCUCACUAAGGUUACUAGUUUAAGAGGAUCUUCUUUCUUCCAGGUACCUACAUUUUACUUAGUGAUUCUCAAAACUUAGCGUGCGUAAGAAUUGCCUGGGAAUGUUUAUUGAAAUGCUUAUUGUAAGACACCACCCCAGGAGAUUCAAAAUCAGUACCUCUGAGUAGAACGUAUUCACCUGCAUUUUAAGUUGAAAAAACACUGCUUCGACCCAAAGGAAGGAAUCUUAGAUGGUGGCAUCUCACUUCCAUCUGGAGAUCAACAGGAGAGAGAUUCCCGGGAGUAAACAUUUUUCUGGCAAUCCUCAAACAACAUCAGAGUAAUUGGGCACUGUGUAUGUUUAUUUGUGGCUCAUAAGACUAUGUACGCCAGGGGAAUGCAUUUGUGCCUAGUGUUUCUCUGACGUUGUAUGUGAGGACUCUUAAGGGAUGUGCCCUACAUUGUCUGUUUCUCCAUGCUUUCUCUGAGUUCCCCCUCGUGUUCUGUGAAUUUGAGAGGGAAGUAAGAAGAUAGCAAUGGCAUCAAGGACACUUGGGAGGAGAGCCAAGUGGGGGCGUAAAGCACAGUCUCUGAGAAUGGCAGAUGCCCAGGCAUUGUGCUGGAGAAUGUGCUCAUUCCAUUGUUUGGCAAUGGUUGGUUAGGCAUCAACGAACCAGAGCUGAAGAACGGAAACCAUGACACCCACCCCACCAUAAGUUUGGCUUGCCUCCAGAGCCAUUUCCCUUCUGUAUGUGGAUGCAGUGAGCUGGCUAGAGGAUAAAAGUGGGCUUCAGGAAGCUCCCUCCACACUCUAGAGCCUGAAGUGGCCAUUCCUGAGCCUCUGGCUUCUGCCUCUGGUCAGACCUACCUUCAGUUCCAUGGGGGGCUUCGAGGGUCAUCUGUUCCCAGGGCUGUCUCUCUUCUUCUAUGGACUUUAUCACACACGACUCGUCUCCAAGGCUUUGAUAUGCAACUACCCUAUCCAGCAUCCGCCAAGCCGUCCCUGGAGCAAAGGAAGAUGGGUGAGGCUGCGGCAAAUAUACUAUGUUGGGUUGGUGAAGAUAUUGAGCGCCGGCAUUUUAGUAGCCCAAGAGCUGCAUAGCGUUCAUGGACAGUUUGUACUUAUCAGCAAGAUAUAUCAUCAGAGAAACUUUUUGUACCGCAAACAGUGGCAGCACCUCACUCUCUAUAUGACCUUCUUCCUGAGUGGCUGUGUAGAUGUGGUGAGCCAGAACCUGCUGCCCCAGAGGUGUGCUGCUCUGGAGCAAGCCGCCCAAGCCCUGGGCAUAUUUCUAUUUGUGCCCCUGAUGGUGUCUCAUGUGCAGGACUCAGAAGGAGUGGAGCUACAGUCUCACAUCCUGCUCACCCAGGCCAUGUUCCUGCUGUCACUGGUGGUGAUUGCAGAGCUGUGGGCUCCCAAUAUGCCGCAGCUGUGGGUGAUGAAGGCCUUUUUUUAUUUGAUGACAGGCUCUUGGCUGAUGCAGAUAGGGUUUAUGCUGUUCAAACCAAUCUCUGGCUAUAAAUGGAUGGACGAUGACAAAAACGACAUUAUGUUUGUCACCACCUUCUUCUGCUGGCAUGUGGCUUUCACUGCUAUUUUGAUGAUCUGGAUCUACGGCUUCUCCUUUUGGUGGUAUUGUUACAUUUCUUGAUGUCUGGACCUGCUGAGCCCAGACUGGGUCCUGUCACCUGCGCAUUCUGGGACACCUGGAUGAGACGUUGUGGGAAGUGGCGUUGUCAGAGAGGAGGACCAGGUGUCCUUCCUUCAGAGGUCCCGCCAGAGGCAGCAGACUCUGCUGAGGUGGGCAUCCUCUUCUCUCCCCUUCUGGCUUUGCUCC